AUGCCGUGGGGUCUCUCUACGGCGCUGCGCGACUGGGACGCAGCAUCGCCACAAGAGCCUCUGGAGACGCACUUGGGUGUUGACUUCCCUUUGCCGAUUCCCUACAGCCGUCGCCGGGAUAUCGCCGUGGAGUUCCUGUCAUCCAGCCAAAGUAGCGCAGGAUCCUUCACACCCACGUCCUUCAAGUGCACGAAGCAGCCCGACGUGCCUUCGGGGCCGAAGAUUUGCUGGCACUACCCAGGCGAAGACACAUCUGCAGCAAUGCUGACGCCCCCAGAGGAUUCUGGCGUCCACUGUACGGAUGCUGUCAACAAG